AUGCGGGCGUACGGUGAUCCGGAGUCGCCGAGGCGCGGGGCGUCGCCGACCGACGGGGACUACCUCACCGGAGUCGCGUCCGCGCCCGCGUCAUCGUCGUCCGUGCCGCGAGCGGCGCCCGUGGACGAGCUGUCGGGUGGCUGGAACGUCACCAAGACGGCCAUGCUCGCGACGCACCUGGCGCUCUCGAUCGCUCACGUCUUCGCGGUGUUCGCGUCGCGGAGCGAAGGCGGCGCCGGCGGCGGCGAGUCCGACGCCGGCGCGGACGCGAAGGAUCCGGCGUCGUCGUCGUCCUACGAGUACAGCCCCGCGGUGGUGGUGCUGCUGGCGGAGAUGAUAAAGUGGUGCUUCAGCGCGUUCAUGUUCGCGCGCGAGUGCCGCGCCGACGCGGGCGACUUCUGGCUCACCCGCGUCAAGGACGAGGUCGUCGAGGCGACGCGGGACUACCGCGCCCUGCGCUUCGCCGUCCCCGCGGCGGUGUACCUCGCCGAGAAUCACAUCCGGUUCCUGGUGCUCAAGCAACUGGCGACGCCCAUCACGUGGGUGGUCUUCGCGCACGUCGAGAUUCCCGUCGUGGCGAUCAUGUCCUGGUGGCUCCUGAGGCGCCCCAUCGCACGGACGCAGUGGCUCGCCAUAUUCUUCCUGUUGGACGGCGUGAUGAGCAGCGAGAUUGCGCUGUGCCACUCCAAAAACGGCGGCGACGUCGAGUCGUGCGAGGGGGCGGAUGCCUAUCCAAUCGGAGCGCUGGCGAUGGUGUUGUUGUGCUCCGUCCUGGCGGCGUUCGCGGGGAUCGCGACGGAGCACACGUACAAGGGGGAGUAUCACGUGAGCAUACACCUGCAAAACGCGCAGCUGUACGCGUUCGGCGUCUUGGGUAACUUCCUCUUGGCGACGGCGAGGGAUUGGGACAGGGUUCGCGGCGGCGACGCUUUAAAGGGCUUCGGGUUCGGCGCGUGGGCCGUGGUGAUCACGCUCGCGGCGUUCGGUUUGGUCACGAGCGUGGUGGUCAAGCACCUGAGCAACAUCGCCAAGGUGUUCAACAGCGCGUUCGGCAUCGUCGUCACCGCCGCGUUGUCGUGGAUGUUUCUCGGGGUGAAACUCUCGAUGCCGUUUGCGCUGAGCGCGGGCGUCGUCGUGGGAAGUCUGUACCUCUUCUACGGCGGGGACCUCGGCACGGACGGGCGAGGGGCGCGGGGCGGGAGCGUGUUGGGGCCCGGGAGCGGCGGCGCGGGGGUGCUCCAGCGGCUGCGCGCGGGCGUCGGGGGGAUGGCGGGGGGUAGAAACAAGAGGACCAACGGCGACGAGGAGGCCAGGCACCUCAUCUGA